AUGGCGUCAGCUCUCCGGGAACAUUGGCGGGGUGUUUUGACCCGCCGGCUGAUCGACCGGCAGCUUCUGUCCGAGUGGCUCGCGGCCGAGGCGCCGCCCACGGCGCCACCGAGCGACGCAGCUUGGCGGCUUCAGCGCGACCACGUGCAAACGGCCAUCGACCGCUCGCCAAAUGCAGCCCCAGGGCCAGACGGCAUCUCAACCAGCGUCGGGCAAGGGUGCCCUCCUUCUCCGACACUUGUCGACAUGGCCGUGGACAUCCGCUGGCUCCGCGCGAAGGACUUCGGGGAGACCUCUAGUUUCCGCCUCAACGCGCCGAAGACGGCCCUC